AUGAUUAUGAUUGAAUCAUCACCCUGCACAUGCGGGGUAUUCAUCAUUCCUGCUUCAAGCGCCGAUGAGGCCGAACCCCCGCGGGCUACAAGGGUGUUCAGGUGUCCCUGGGAAACCCGGAACAUCCGAAUGGACAUCCCCGGGUCAUACCUCCGACUUACCCCACCCUUUCGACACCACCUACCCUGCCUAUCCACCUCAUCCCAUGUCAGGGUUCGAAAGCGCAGUCCAAGAAGCCUCCUCGGUGCCAAAAGACCUGUAUUGGUUUUGAAUGGAGAGCGAAUUUCGGGCAAAUUGAUGGAUCGGUCGACCAUCUGCGGAUCGACUUACGGUCUCUGGGAUCAGCCACUGCUUUAAUCCGAACAGGAGCCUGAGGGAAUUAGAGGAAUAUGAAUCUUCAUUGUCAUCAGCCUUCAAUGAAUUUGUACCAUCGCGAUUUUACCAAAG